AUGUGGUGGAAGCUGCUGAUGAGACCCCAGCCCUGCAGGCUGUGUUCUUUCAGAAGGAUGCAACCAACUACAAAAUACAAACCUUUCUUAGCUAGCUUCACCUGCACAACCAAUAGACAGUCAAGUUGUGAAAACAAAGAAACGGUGGAAAAGCUCGAUAAACUUUCAGUGGACAUCAGGAAAAUCCGUAGAUUAAAAGGAUGGGUACUGCUGGAGGCUGAGACCUAUGUUGAAGAAAUUUCAAACAUUUUACAACAACUAGGUGCUGACCAGACAGUGAUAGCCAGUAUUUUGGAACGCUGUCCGGAAGCAAUUGUCUGUAGCCCAGCUGCUGUUGACCAGGAAAGAAAACUCUGGCAGUUGGUCUGCAAAAAUGAGGAAGAGUUAAUCAGGUUAAUAAGGCAGUUUCCAGAUUGUUUCUUCAAUGUUAAGGACAAGGAAAACCGGAAGCUCAACAUUCGUUUCUUUCAAGAGCUGGGACUAAAGAAUGUGGUCAUUAGCAUUUUGACAACUGCACCUAGUAUUUUUCAUAAUCCUGUUGAGACUAAUAAGCAAAUGAUAAGAAUUCUCCAAGAGAGCUACCUAAAUUUAGGUGGCUCUGAGGCCAACAUGAAAGUUUGGCUACUCAAAUUAUUAAGCCAAAAUCCAUUUAUUUUGUUGAAAUCUCCUGCAGUUAUAAAGGAAAUACUAGAAUGUCUCCAGGAGCAAGGUUUCACAAACUUUGAAGUUCUUCAACUUCUGUCCAAACUCAAAGGAUUUCUUUUUCAGCUUUGCCCCAGAAGUAUACAGGACAGUGUUUUGUUUUCUAAGGCUGUUUUGGAAUGCACAGCUGAUGACCUGAAGCAAUUAGUUGUGAUCUGUCCUGUGCUUUUAUAUUAUUCUGUUGCAGUUUUAGAAGAGCAGAUUCCGGGACUAUUGAAAGAAGGAAUUUCCAUAGCUCAGAUAAAAGAGGCACCAAUGGUUCUGGAAUUAACACCACAGAUAGUUCAGUACAGGAUAAGGAAAUUGAAUUCCUUGGGCUAUAGAAUAAAGGAUGGACAACUGGCAAGUCUGUCUGGAACAAAAAAGGAUUUUGAGGCUAACUUUGGCAAAAUGCAAGCCACAAAAGGAAGGCCAUUAUUUAACCCUGUGGAACCAUUAAAUGUUAAAGAGUGA